UCUUGCGAAGGGAAGCGAAGCGCAUCGCCGCUCUGCUACCACCUCCACCGCUCAGAGCCCACAACCCUCGUGCUCCUCUGCCGGCGACAGCGGUCAACGGCGGCCGGCGGUGGUGAGCACGUGAAACUCGUCACGGCGCACAAGCCCACCAGCGUCAGCCACUCCUGCGCCGGCAACUUCACCAGCCCCCACCAGCUCAACCUCGCCGUGGCGUACGCACCCGCACAACCCCUCUCUCCGCUCCCUCCCCCCGAAUCCCCAGUCAGCCAGUCUAGUAGGGUUCAGCUCCCGCCCGGCUCCGCUUAUUAAUUCCUGCUACCCAGUUCGGCCUCGACCCUUCUGCGUCCGAAUUCCCGGGGCCCUAGGGUUUUGCUCCCAGCUAGACGCGAGCGCCCGAUUCAUUCCUCUCCGUCCAGUUGUUUUUUCUGAUUAGAUUUCUGGGAGGAUUCCUAGGUUAUGAGUGCAGGUGUGCAAUAUUUCUCUGGGUAAUCAGCAUCCUUCUGAAAGUCCUAGUGCACAGUACUACCUCUGUAAACUAAUAUAAGAGCGUUUAGAUCACUAUUUUAGUAUUCUAAACACUCUUAUAUUAGUUUACGGAGGGAGUAUUUCUGAAAGUCCUUUUGCAGUCUGAUUCCACCUUCCAGUUUGGUUCGGAGCUACCGUUGUUCCUAUAUCAUAUACACACAAUUGUGGUUUCUGCAAAAAUCGAUGGAGAAGGCUUCUGUUCUCGAUGAUUCACCAGAUUGGAGCACCGAUUGUGAUUGGUCCCAGCUUCAGUCCGACAUGCUCCUCCGGAUCUUUGGCACUCUCGAGAUCCCAGAUCUCUUCAGCUCAGGUGCCGUCUGUCGAUCCUGGCACCUCAUUUAUCUGGAGGCCCGUCGUUUCCGCCUGUGCUCGCCGAAACAGAGUCCCUGCCUUGUUUACUCAUCUGGCGACCGUGAUGCUGACACGGUCACCCUGCAUAACAUGUCCACCGACAAGCUUUACCACGUCACUCUAUCGGAGCCUGCCUUCCGCACACGCCAUGUCAUGGGCUCCUCCUACGGCUGGCUCAUCACUGCGGAUGAGCGGUCGAAUCUCAUACUAGUCAACCCUGCAACCCGAGCUCAGAUAGCUAUGCCUCCACCUGAAACCAUGAACAAUGUUAGACUGCGCUACACUGAAGAGGGCGUGCUAGAUGGAUAUGAUGUUCUUUUCAUGGAUCUGUUCUCUUCGGAUUUUGACACUGAAAUGGAGCCAUACCAUCUUACACUUGAAGAAGCCCACUUCUUCUUCUAUGAGAGGGUUGUUCUUUCUUGCGACCCCUCCCAAGGAAACUGCAUGGUGCUCCGAAUACAAUUGCCCAAUAGUCAACUCUCUUAUACUAGGGUUGGGGACACCAAAUGGACUUGGAUUGGUGGAAAAGGAAAUUGCUGGGAAUAUCAAGAUAUUCUGUAUAACAACAAUGAUGGUUUGUUUUAUGGUGUUCGUGGCGAGGGUCAGGUAGAUUCUAUUAACCUUAAUGGAACUUCUGCUGAAGUAAAAGUCAUUUUAAAGUCAAUCAUAUCUUACCAAGCACAUAGUAGAUAUAUUGUUCAAGCACCAUGGGGAGAUUUUUUCCAGAUAUGGAGACAUGAUAAAUCUAAUAAAGAGAAUGGGAUAACAGAAUGUGUUGCCGACAAAUUUUUUGUGUACAAGGUUGAUUUUGUUGGACAAAAGAUAAUCGAAACAAAUAACCUCCAAGAUCAUGCAAUGUUCAUUGGUUUCAACAACUCGUUCCUUCUCCCAGUGAAAGACUUUCCUGCAUUGGUUCCCAAUAGCAUCUACCACACGGAUGACUUGCUUGAUUAUAUCUACUGUCACAGAUUUAGUCUUAGGCAGGUUGUUAUUUUUAAUAUGGAAGAUGGUAGUUUCAUCGAGUUAUCGCCCCCUAGUUCAAAUUCAAGAUUGAACUGGCCACCCCCAGUUUGGAUUCAACCAUCACUUGCUUGAGGCACCAGUGUUUACACCUGAAGGUUUCCCUCCUUCAAGAUUCUUUUGUUAGAGAGUUGUGGGGAAAAUUGGAAAGCAAAGUUAUCUUGAGAAGGUGCAUCCGCCCGUCAUCACGAACUUAUACAGUUCACAUAACAAGAUUACUGCCUCUGCUGCGUCCAUUGUUUUAGUUGGUUCAAGUGAGGAACUUGGGAUAUCAGUAACUGUUCAAUAAGUCUACCCUGAUACCAUCCAUACUGAUGAAUGUCUCUACUUUGAUAGUUUGACCACUAUACUCAUGAAACAACAAGUUCACUGUUUCGGCAAAGGUUUAUUGUUAUUGAAUGGCUUACCUAUGUUGAUGAUGUUGUGACUGUGUAUAAAAUGGAAGAAAAUUGCACAUUUUUA